AUGGAUCAGACUCAGCAGUGUGUAGCCAUGUAUCUUCUGGUGCUGUCCCUCGGACUGCUGAUGGACAGGGGGACUUGUCAGCACUACUUACUUCUGCGCCCCAUCCCGAGUGACAGUCUGCCGCUAGUGGAAUUAAAAGAGGACCCGGACCCGGUGUUCGAUCCCAGGGAGCGGGACCUUAACGAGACCGAGCUGAAGAGCGUGCUUGGGGACUUUGACAGCCGCUAUUUGUCCGUUUUGCCGCCCGUGGACGACAAAUACACCGGGAACGAUGAGCUCGAUGACUAUGAUUUCCAAAAGCCCGGUGGAGUACUGCCGAAAGAAAUCAGAGCGCUGGAUUUCGAUGUGCAGUUCGGGAAGAAGCACAAGCCCAGUAAGAAACUGAAGCGGCGGCUGCAGCAGUGGCUGUGGGCGUACUCCUUCUGCCCGGUCCUGUACACGUGGACCGACCUGGGGAACAGGUUCUGGCCGCGGUUCGUGCGGGUGGGCAGCUGCCUCAGCAAAAGGUCGUGUUCGGUUCCGGAGGGCAUGGUGUGUAAACCCGCGAACUCGACCCACCUGACGAUACUGAGAUGGAGAUGCGUGCAGAGGAAAGGGGGGCUGAAAUGCGCCUGGAUACCGGUGCAGUACCCGAUCAUCACAGACUGCAAAUGCUCCUGUUCCAGUUAAUACACAAAGACUCUGAAUUAUAAAUUAUAAGCUCAUUAUUUUUGUGAUUCUUUUUUCACGUGCACUACCGAGUGUAGGAAUGUAUUUUCUGUAUAUGCGGUGCCAUGCAGUUAUAUAUAGCUCCCUGUACAAAGUCAGUAUUAUUUGUAACCAGAGCCUACUUUAUUUGUGGAGAAUAAUGGUUAUAUAUUUUGUAUUUAUGGAGAUAUGGCGCAUAGAGCCACGUGCUGUUUUUCCAUAUUUGGAUGAAGCAGAUCGACCUCAGAGUUUAACGUGGAUUAUUGAUACAGCCGGGUAUCGGUGACUUGUUUUAUCCUGUAAAUUAAGGAAAUGUGCUAUUUAUUCUUUAUAUUCGUACAA